UUUAAUGAAGAAGGAUCUUUCACGUGCUAUUGUGACGAUGGAUACGAACUACAUACUGAUGAGAGAACGUGCAGUGAUAUAAACGAGUGUCUGUCAAAUAACGGAGGAUGCCAAAAUACGUGCCUUAACGUGGAAGGAUCAUUUACGUGUUCUUGUGAUGAUGGAUACGAUCUACAUACUGAUGUGACAACAUGCAUUGAUAUAAACGAAUGUGUAACAAACAAGGGUGGAUGCCAACACAAGUGCGUUAAUGCAGAAGGAUCAUUCACGUGUUCUUGCGAUGAUGGAUACAAACUACAUACUGAUGGGAGAACAUGCAUUGAUAUGAACGAAUGUCUGAUAAACAAGGGAGGAUGCCACCACAAAUGCAUUAAUGAAGAAGGAUCAUUUACGUGUUCUUGUGAUGAUGGAUACGAACUUCAUACUGAUGGGACAACAUGCAAUGACAUAAACGAAUGUUUAACAAACAAGGGAGGGUGCCAACACAAGUGCGCCAAUGAAGAAGGAUCAUUCACGUGUUCUUGUGAUGAUGGAUACGAACCACAUACUGAUGGGGCAACAUGCAUUGAUAUAAACGAAUGUCUGACAAACAAGGGAGGAUGCCACCACAAGUGCGUUAAUAAAAUUGGAUCAUUCACGUGUUCUUGUGAUGAUGGAUACGAACUACAUACAGAUGGGACUACAUGCAUUGAUAUAAACGAAUGUCUGACAAACAAGGGAGGAUGCCAACACAAGUGCGCUAAUGAAGAAGGAUCAUUCACGUGUUCUUGUGAUGAUGGAUACGAACUACAUACUGAUGGGACAACAUGCAAUGACAUAAACGAAUGUCUAACAAACAAGGCUGGAUGCCAACACAAGUGCGUUAAUGGUGAAGGAUCAUUCACGUGUUCUUGUGAUGAUGGAUACGAACUACACACUGAUGGGACAUCAUGCCAUGAUAUAAACGAAUGUGUGACAAACAAGGGUGGAUGCCAACACAAAUGCGUUAAUGGUGAAGGAUCAUUCACGUGUUCCUGUGAUGAUGGAUACGAACUAUAUACUGAUGGGAUAUCAUGCAAUGAUAUAAACGAAUGUGUGACAAAUAAGGGUGGAUGCCAACACAAGUGCCUUAAUGGUGAAGGAUCAUUCACGUGUUCUUGUGAUGAUGGAUACGAACUACAUACUGAUGGGACAUCAUGCAGUGAUAUAAACGAAUGUCUGGAAAACAAGGGAGGAUGCCACCACAAAUGCGUUAAUAAAGAAGGAACAUUCAUGUGUUCUUGUGAUGAUGGAUACGAACUACAUCCUGAUGGCACCACAUGCAUUGAUAUAAACGAAUGUCUCACAAACAAGGGAGGAUGCCAACACAAGUGCGUUAAUGGUGAAGGAUCAUUCACGUGUUCUUGCGAUGAUGGAUACGAACUACAAACUGAUGAGGCAACAUGCAUUGAUAUAAACGAAUGUCUGACAAACAAGGAAGAAUGCCACCACAAGUGCGUUAAUAAAAUAGGAUCAUUCACGUGUUCUUGUGAUGAUGGAUACGAACUACAUACUGAUGGGACAACAUGCAUUGAUAUAAACGAAUGUCUGACAAUCAAGGGAGGAUGCCAACACAAGUGCGCUAAUGAAGGAGGAUCAUUCACGUGUUCUUGUGAUGAUGGAUACGAACUACAUACUGAUUGGACAACAUGCAAUGACAUAAACGAAUGUCUAACAAACAAGGCUGGAUGCCAACACAAGUGCGUUAAUGGUGAAGGAUCAUUCACGUGUUCUUGUGAUGAUGGAUACGAACUACACACUGAUGGGACAUCAUGCCAUGAUAUAAACGAAUGUGUGACAAACAAGGGUGGAUGCCAACACAAAUGCGUUAAUGGUGAAGGAUCAUUCACGUGUUCCUGUGAUGAUGGAUACGAACUACAUACUGAUGGGAUAUCAUGCAAUGAUAUAAACGAAUGUGUGACAAACAAGGGUGGAUGCCAACACAAGUGCCUUAAUGGUGAAGGAUCAUUCACGUGUUCUUGUGAUGAUGGAUACGAACUACAUACUGAUGGGACAUCAUGCAGUGAUAUAAACGAAUGUCUGGAAAACAAGGGAGGAUGCCACCACAAAUGCGUUAAUAAAGAAGGAACAUUCAUGUGUUCUUGUGAUGAUGGAUACGAACUACAUACUGAUGGCACCACAUGCAUUGAUAUAAACGAAUGUCUCACAAACAAGGGAGGAUGCCAACACAAGUGCGUUAAUAAAGAAGGAUCAUUCACGUGUUCUUGUGAUGAUGGAUACGAACUACAUACUGACGGGGCAACAUGCAUUGAUAUUAACGAAUGUCUGACAGACAAUGGAGGAUGCCAACACAAGUGCGUUAAUGCAGAAGGAUCAUUCACGUGUUCUUGUGAUGAUGGAUACGAACUACAUACUGAUGGGACAUCAUGCCAUGAUAUAAACGAAUGUGUGACAAACAAGGGCGGAUGCCAACAUAAGUGCGUUAAUGAUGAAGGAUCAUUCACGUGUUCUUGUGAUGACGGAUACGAACUACAUACUGAUGGGACAUCGUGCCAUGAUAUAAACGAAUGUGUGACAAACAAGGGUGGAUGCCAACACAAGUGCGUUAAUGUUGAAGGAUCAUUCAUGUGUUCUUGUGAUGAUGGAUACGAACUACAUACUGAUGGUACAUCAUGCAAUGAUAUAAACGAAUGUGUGACAAACAAUGGAGGAUGCCAACACAAAUGCGUUAAUGAAGAUGGAUCAUUCACGUGUUCUUGUGAUGAUGGAUACGAACUACAUACUGAUGCGACAUCAUGCCAUGAUAUAAACGAAUGUGUAACGAACAAGGGUGGAUGCCAACACAAGUGCGUUAAUGAAGAAGGAUCAUUCACGUGUUCUUGUGAUGAUGGAUACGAACUACAUACUGAUGGGACAACAUGCCAUGAUAUCAACGAAUGUCUGGAAAACAAGGGAGGAUGCCACCACAAAUGCGUUAAUAAAGAAGGAUCAUUUAUGUGUUCUUGUGAUGAUGGAUACGAACUACAUACUGAUGGGACAACAUGCAUUGAUAUAAAUGAAUGUCUCACAAACAAGGGAGGAUGCCAACACAAGUGCGUUAAUAAAGAAGGAUCAUUCACGUGUUCUUGUGAUGUUGGGUACGAACUACAUACUGACGGGGCAACAUGCAUUGAUAUUAACGAAUGUCUGACAGACAAUGGAGGAUGCCAACACAAGUGCGUUAAUGAAGGAGGAUCAUUCACGUGUUCUUGUGAUGAUGGAUUCGAACUACAUACUGAUGGGACAACAUGCAUUGAUAUAAACGAAUGUCUGGCAAACAAGGGAGGAUGCCAACACAAGUGCGUUAAUGAAGAAGGAUCAUUCACGUGUUCUUGUGAUGAUGGAUACGAACUACAUACUGAUGGGACAACAUGCAUUGAUAUAAACGAAUGUCUCACAGGCAAGGGAGGAUGCCAACACAAAUGCGUUAAUGAAGAAGGAUCUUUCACGUGUUCUUGUGAUGAUGGAUACGAACUACAUACUGAUGGGACAACAUGCAUUGAUAUAAACGAAUGUCUGACAAACAAAGGAGGAUGCCACCACAAGUGCGUUAAUAAAAAUGGAACAUUCACAUGUUCUUGUAAUGAUGGAUACGAACUACAUACAGAUGGGACAACAUGCAUUGAUAUAAAUGAAUGUCUGGCAAACAAGGGAGGAUGCCACCACAAAUGCGUUAAUGAAGACGGAUCAUUCACUUGUUCUUGUGAUGAUGGAUACGAACUACAUACUGAUGGGAUAACAUGCAUUGAUAUUAACGAAUGUCUGACGAACAAGGGAGGGUGCCACCACAAGUGCAUUAAUGAAGAAGGAUCAUUCACAUGUUCUUGUGAUGAUGGAUACGAACUACACACUGAUGGGACCACAUGCAUUGAUAUAAACGAAUGUCUGACAAACAAGGGAGGAUGCCACCACAAGUGCGUUAAUGAAGAAGGAUCUUUCACGUGUUUAUGUGAUGAUGGAUACGAAGUACAUACUGAUGGGGCAACAUGCGUUGAUAUAAACGAAUGUGUUACAAACAAGGGAGCAUGCCAACAUAAGUGCGUUAAUGAAGAAGGAUCUUUCACGUGUUCUUGUGAUGAUGGAUACGAACUACAGAAUGAUAAUAGAACUUGCAAUGAUAUAAACGAGUGUCUGUCAAACAAGGGAGGCUGCCAAGAUACAUGUCUUAACGAGGAAGGAUCAUUCAAGUGUUUCUGUGAUGAUGGAUACAAACUACAGUCUGAUGGAACAACAUGCAUUGAUAUAAACGAAUGUUUGACAGACAAGGGAGGUUGCCAGCACAAAUGCAUUAACGAGAAAGGAUCAUUCACGUGUUCUUGUAAUGAUGGAUACGAACUGCAUACUGAUGGAACAACCUGCAUUGAUAUAAACGAAUGUCUUACAAACAAGGGAGGAUGCCAACAUACGUGUAAUAACACGAAAGGAUCAUUCACGUGUUCCUGUGAUGAUGGAUACGAACUACAUACGGACGGGAGAACGUGCAAUGAUAUUAACAAGUGUCUAACAAACAAUGGAGGAUGCCAACACACAUGCCUUAACGAGGUCGGGACAUUCAGAUGUUAUUGUGACGAUGGAUACGAACUACAUACUGAUGGGACAACAUGCAAUGAUGUAAACGAAUGUAUAACAAAGAAGGGAGGGUGCCAACACACGUGUCUGAACGUGGAAGGAUCGUUCACGUGCUCUUGUGAUGAUGGAUACAAACUACAUACUGAUGGGAGAACGUGCAAUGAUAUAAACGAGUGUCUAACAGGAAAUGGAGGAUGCCACCAAACCUGCAGUAACACUGAAGGAUCAUUCAUCUGCUCUUGCAUUGACGGAUUUGAGUUUUAUAUUGGCGGAAAACAAUGUUUGGAUAUAAACGAGUGCGAAACAAAUAAAGGAGGAUGCGAACACUCGUGUUCUAACACGGAAGGAUCAUUUAAAUGUACAUGUAAUAAUGGCUAUGAGUUGCAAAACGAUGAAAAAUCUUGUACAGAUGUAAACGAAUGUUAUGCAGACAACGGAAAUUGUGAUCAUGCGUGCAUUAAUAUGGAAGGGUCAUAUAAAUGUUCCUGCAAAGAAGGAUACGAACUUCAAAACGACGCAAAGUCUUGCACUGACGUUAAUGAAUGUCAAACAAACAAUGGAGGAUGCUUACAGAUGUGCAUGAACACAAAUGGAUCAUUUGUGUGUUCUUGUUACAAUGGUUACUAUCUUCAAAAUGACGGUAAAACGUGUAGCGAUGUUCAAGAAUGUCUCACAAAUAACGGGGGAUGCGAGCAAAUGUGUGAAAAUACAGAAGGGUCAUUUAAGUGUAUGUGUUGGGAUGGAUACGAGCUUCACCCGAAUGGUUUAUCCUGUGUUGAUAUAAAUGAAUGUGCUGUCGACAAAGGAAAAUGUGAAGACAGAUGCCACAAUUUUUUUGGAACGUAUACUUGUGCUUGCCCAGUUAAACAUAUUUUAAAAACAGAUGGAUUAACCUGCACUGACGUCAGUAAGCGGUCCGUUUCAUCAUCGAUCAGACUUGCCUUAGAUGACGAAACAGCUAUUUCAAACUACACGGUAUAUGUUGAAAUACAGAAAAUGGUAAAUACAUCUUAUGUUUAA